CUGACGCGUGCGAAAAAUAUGAUCCUUACAAGCAAGGUGGAGAAUACUACGACCCUUACUAUAAUCCUUAUGUUGAUGAUUAUAAACAUGAUAAGCAUGAUAAAAAAUACAAAAGGGAUGCUUUAGCCAUAGCCGACGCAAACGAAUACUACGAUCCCUACAAGCAAGGUGGAGAAUACUACGAUCCCUACAAGCAAGAUGGAGAAUACUACGAUCCUUACUAUAAUCCUAACGUAAUAGAUUAUAAAAAGCAUGAUAAAAAAUAUUAG